AACCAAUUCCCUGAGUGUCGGCCUGUAUCCACUCCCUUAGUUUUUGAUGGACACUGACGUAAUACCCCUUAGAGAGCGAACAUCCUCAAGGAAGUGCAAAUUAUGCGCCAACUUGAUCAUCCCAAUAUCGUCAAGCUCGUUGACUUCCACGAAUCUCGCCAAUACUACUACAUCAUCCUUGAGCUUUGCCCUGGAGGCGAGCUCUUCCAUCAAAUCGUUCGCUUGACCUACUUCAGCGAGGAUCUUGCACGCCAUGUCAUCAUUCAAGUGGCGAAAGCCCUAGAGUACCUGCACGAAGAGGCAGGCGUUGUUCAUCGUGAUAUCAAGCCAGAGAAUCUCCUCUUCUACCCCCUUCCAUUCGUCCCAACCAAGAACCCUAAGCCAAGGGGACCUGAUGACGAAGAUAAGGCCGAUGAGGGUGAAUUCAUCAAGGGUAAGGGUGCUGGUGGCAUUGGUGUCAUCAAGAUUGCAGACUUUGGUUUGUCCAAGGUUAUCUGGGAUAGCCAGACAAUGACACCCUGUGGUACUGUCGGCUACACCGCGCCUGAGAUCGUUAAAGAUGAGCGUUACUCCAAGAGCGUCGACAUGUGGGCAAUGGGCUGUGUGCUCUACACACUGCUCUGCGGAUUCCCUCCAUUCUAUGACGAAUCCAUCCAGACCUUGACAGAAAAGGUUGCCCGUGGCCAAUAUACAUUCCUGUCGCCAUGGUGGGAUGACAUUUCCAAGUCUGCCCAAGAUCUUGUCUCGCAUCUGUUGACCGUGGACCCCGAAAAGCGAUACGACAUCAAGCAAUUCCUUGACCACCCAUGGAUUAGGGAGGCUGACGAAGUUACGUACGCUGCACAUGACGCGCCUCCUCUAGCCACUCCUCUCCACGUUAGAGAAAAGCAAUACCAACAAGGCAAAGCCGAUCCUCUCGCACAAAAUUUCGGCUAUCUCGAAUCGCCAGGCGCACGUCGUUCUGAUUUCCGUUCCCCAGGCGCCGUCAAUUUACGCGAAGUUUUCGAUGUUGGUUACGCCGUCCAUCGACAGGAGGAAGAAGGCAAGAGGAGGAAGCACUUCAAGCAAGGUUACCGUGGCGCCAACGCUAUCAACUCGUUGAACGCGCUUGAUGAGGACGAGGACGACGAAUUCUCUGGCGAGUCCGCUCCUUAUGACCCGUCACAACAGCAUCCACCUGCGAAGCUCCCCAAGUCUCAGGGCACAGAUGUUUCUGCAGUCGAGCAGAAGAUGCGCAACACUUCGCUGUCCGCCGCCGCUCAAGCAAGGCAGGCCGCGCAACCAAAGCAGCAAGAGAGAGGCUACGGUCAGCAUUCUCCUGCAGUCGCUGCGGCUGCCAAAAGACAGGUGAAGAACAGAGGGGCCUUUGAACUAAGCUUGGAUAACUCGACUUUGCUCGGCAGGAGAGCGAAGAAGAUUGAACCAAGUGGGCUUAGGGAACAAGUUUCCGUGGCUGGCACAUGACAGACAUCGGCGUUGGCGAGGGACUGGUAGACUAUUCGUGCUUUUCGCGAUUGAACCGUUUCUGGGGGCGUUUAAUUUCUGUUUCACUCAUUUUGUUACGUCUAUUUCUUCCCUCUCCCAACCAGCAUAUGUCUGCACUUCCUUGACUUAUGUUU